GGGCUCGCCCACCAGCCUUUGGCCACCGGGCCGAUGCACCAGCCGGUACUGGACCUCCGCAGGUCCGAAGACGUCCUUCCUCAUCGCAGGAGGAUCUGCAGCCUUCCCCGCACGCGGCCCCGAGCUCACAGUCUCCGCAGGAAGGGGCGGGCCCUGCCGGCUGGCUUUGCUGGGGCCCCGCGUUGCCAUAGGUACCCUGGCAGGGCUUGGGACGCCGGAACGCGCGCUGCGGAGAACGAUUGAGGCUGGAGGCUGCGGGCGGCGACUCCACCGCUCUCUGCCCAGGACUCCAGAUGCAGGAUCCGCCCCGCAGGAGAGCGCAGCACCCUCUGGCCCACAGAAGCAGCCAACAUGCCUAUCUCCAAGUGCCCGCCAAAGUCGGAGCCCCUGUGGAAAGCGUGGGACCGGAAGGCCCAGAAGGACGGACUGAGGCACCGGGUUUUCACUGUGAACGGCAAUCACUAUGUGGGCAAGUGGAAGGACGACAUGAAACACGGGAAAGGAACACAGGUCUGGAGGAAGAAUGGAGCCAUCUAUGAGGGGGACUGGAAAUUUGGGAAGAGAGAUGGCUAUGGCACCCUCAGCCUUUCUGACCAAGAGACCGGAAAGUACAGGAAAGUCUACUCAGGCUGGUGGAAAGGCGAUAAGAAAUGUGGCUAUGGGAUCCAGUUUUUCGGACCCAAGGAGUAUUAUGAGGGUGACUGGUGUGGCAACCAGCGCAGCGGAUGGGGCCGAAUGUACUACAGCAACGGAGACAUCUACGAGGGCCAGUGGCGCAACAACAAGCCGGAAGGGGAGGGCAUGUUACGCCUGAAGAACGGGAACCGCUACGAAGGCAGCUGGCAGAGAGGCAUGAAGAACGGGUUGGGGCGCUUUUUCCACCUGGACCAUGGUCAGCUGUUUGAAGGCCUCUGGGUCGACAACAUAGCCAAGUGUGGCACGAUGAUUGACUGUGGCCGUGAUGAGGCCCCCAAGCCCACCCGGUUCCCCAUUCCUGAGGUCAAAAUUCUAGAUCCUGACGGCGUUUUGGCGGAAGCUAUGGCCACGUUCAGGAAGACACAGGAAGAAGGAGAUUGAUGCCAGAAAGAACACCAGCGCUUCGGGAGGAAUUCAAACCGGAGCCACCCAACUGCUCGACCGGUGCGGCUCCCACUGGUGGAGCAAGGGGGGACCUGGGCACACCCUCGGCACCCUCAGAAGGCACCUCACUCCUCCCAGCACUGGACCAUUCCUUACCAGUAGGAGGCCAGUGCUUCUCUCCCCUGCUGGCCUUGGGGACGCCUUUAUUCUUGGACCCCAUCCCUGAGCACCCCAGAAUAAAGGAGAGCCUGGCAGCGUGA